AUUCAAUUUUAUUUCUUAAAUGGCGACAAUAGGAUCCUCCUCGCUUGUUUCUCCGGAAAGCAAUGCAGAGCUUGAUCCUUCGUCUCGUACUCGUCGUUCUUCCAAGGACUCCAAGUUGGCGAGCGCCUCUCGUUCACCUUUAGGUGAAAAACGCUCGCUUUUCAAACCUUCCAAUUCAGUCGACAUUAAGUUAUUGAAAAGCGCUCUUGACGCCAAUCAUCCGCCUCAUUUGCUGCUAUCAUCUCUUGAAAUUCUGGACUGUUUGGAUGAUGAAGACGACGGAGACGAGUUUGCGGCUUUACUGGAUUCAAACACGAAAAAAACGCCUAAAGCCUCCCAGCAAGGUGCAUCAUCUUCUAAGCACAACUGUUCGAAAAGGAGCACAAACUCAUCUUCCUGUUCCAAAAAAGCCGAAGUGUUGUCCGAUGAUAAAAUUGAAGAAAUAUUAGAGGUUUUGCCUCAACAAAUUAAAGAAGCGUCUCUCGAGGCCAAAAGCAUUAGUUCGACAGGAACCAGACAAAGUAGUCGGGGAAGAUCUAAAAAGGCUAGAAGGAAAAAUGCGCAUGCCUCGGAAAAUAGUAGUAGCAGCGAUGCUGUAGCUGGAAACUGCCAUGUUCAGCACGAAAUUACCUCUUUAUUAAAAAAGCAUGUUGCAAAUAGACGCACGCUUGGCAAGUCAUAUUUAAGAACACAACAAUUGUUGAAAAAGGAACAAAAAUUGGAUGCCAAACUGCAUCGGGCUUCCGAUGCGAUAGAGCACAUCAACGCCUCCUCCGACAAUUAUGUUCAUUUGAACGUGUUGAUUAAUUCUAAAAAGGUUCCAGUUUAUAUUUGCCGUACGGCGACCAUCUUUGACUUGUUGGAGGAAGUUCGCGAGGACCUGCCAACAUUGGAAGCAGGUCAAGGUCAUGCGCUGACCUUUGACGGUAAACUCCAAUGGCAGGAUAAUACUCUAGACGAGUUAUGCGUAACGGAUGGCGACACGUUUAGUUGGACCUCAGAAGAAAUUUUAGAUAACUGCGGUAACGUAAAUAGCAAAAACGAAGGCAAGAUAGUCAUCCGAUUGAAAAUAUCAGAAAAGUCUACUGAAAAUUACCGCCUCGACAAGAACGCCCCUUUGCAGAAGCUAGCUAGUGCAGUGGCUCAGCAGCUCAAUCUCCCUGAUUCGAGCAUAUCGCUCAAAUUCGAUGGAGACACACUUGAUUUGAAUACCUCUCCUGAGGACAACGAAAUGGAAGAUGAAGAUAUGAUAGACGUCCACAUCAAUAACCUGUAAUCGGCAUAUUUUUGGCUCUCCUUACGUCCGCACUACGUGCAAGUCGAGAGCGUAUAUAGUUCGCAAGAUAAAAAUGAUGUUCUUUUGUAAGACAGUUUUUUAUAUUAUUCGGUCUAGUCCAACGAGUUGGAUAUGCUGAGUAUAUAGAAUGCCUAUGUCACUUGCUCUAUAUUCUUCGAAAUAACACUUUACCAAGGGAUAUAAGUCAGACACCCAGGAAGUACAUAUUGUGGGACCGCCAGUAUUACAGAGCACUUGCACCAACUCUAACUCACCAAGGCCCAGCUGAGUUCUAGAACAGCUAUUGACAACUUAGAACACUGAAUUUGAUUACUGAGAUUUUACUGGGACAUAUAAAACGAAACAAAAAGGACGACGUACGGAUGACAAGAUGUCAAAAAGGUUUUGACAUCAUUACCUAUGAUGUACAUCUUUUUUGAAUGUUCUAGGUCAGUCCAACUACAAGGCACCGCCUCAAAUCUCCACAAGGUACUUAUGAAGGCAUUGUUUUAGUGUCUACUAUAUCGUUUUCUUGUUUAUCUGUCCGUGCGGAUAUAUGUUUCUUGGCGGCAAAUGGCUUCUGGAUUCGAGCCGUCAUAGCUUUGUGAGUUGACGGCCAAUUCGCUGGCUAGCUCAGCUAUAUCCUCUUCUUCUAUCUGUGCCAAGGCUUUUAUAGUUUCUAGUUGAUAUUUCUUUGUGUACCAAAAUUGAACUCUUUUUAUAGUAAUCCAACAAAUAAAAGCGAACAGCACUAUGGCAAGAAUGACUUCAGGGACUAUGAGGCAAAUCAAAAACAGAUUUGUGUUCCUAGAGUUUGAAUAGUCCAUAGACAGACCAUGUUGAAAAGGAAAAGCCUAUGAACGGUUUGUCCGAAUAAAAAUAAUUUUGCUCAAUUACGU